CCCGCGUGCCUGCUGGGCCGCGACGAGCACAACAACACCCUCCUCCACCUCCUCAUUGACCAGGAGGGAGUGGAGCAGGUGGUCCAGCAGGUGGAGAAGCACUUCGGGCGGCUGACUGUACAGAAGCUGAUGCGGGUGCGCAACAGCCGGGGCCACACGGCCAUCCACCUCGCCCUCACCGCAGGCCCACCGUGCAUUCACUCCCCCUACUCACACUCCCACCCCGAACCUGUAGGUCUGUUUGGCGUGGCGGGGGCGUUGCUGUCCUACGGAGCGCCAUUGGCGCCCAGCAAGGAGGAGGAGCGACGGCUGGGCAAGCUGUGGAAGAAGCCCAUACCGUCGCCCAUCGAUGGCUUGCGCCAACGCUGCUGUACGUACCCAAGACCGCUGGUGUUACAACACAACAACCGAUUCUGA